AUGGAUUUAGAGGUGAAGGGUGUGAACGGGUCGAACUGUUUGUCCCGGAAUGAGAGCGACGGCGGACUAAGCGCUUCUUCCAGUGGAGUGUCCACUGCGCUGGCCAGCGUGCUGAUCUUCACCAUAGUGGUAGACAUCCUGGGCAAUGUCCUCGUCAUCCUGUCCGUGUACAGGAACAAAAAGCUCAGGAAUGCAGGCAACAUCUUCGUGGUGAGUUUGUCCGUAGCAGACCUGGUGGUGGCAUUGUACCCCUACCCUCUGGUCCUGACAGCCAUCUUCCACAAUGACUGGACCAUGGGUGACCUGCACUGCCAGGCCAGCGGCUUCAUCAUGGGCCUCAGCGUCAUUGGCUCCAUCUUCAACAUCACGGCAAUCGCCAUCAACCGCUACUGCUACAUCUGCCACAGCCUCCACUACGACCGUCUGUACAGCCUGAGGAACACCUGCUGCUACCUGGGCCUCACCUGGCUGCUCACUGCCCUCGCCACAGUGCCCAACUUCUUUGUCGGCUCGCUACAGUACGACCCCCGCAUCUACUCCUGCACCUUCGCCCAGACGGUCAGCUCGUACUACACCAUCUCUGUGGUGAUCAUUCACUUCCUGAUCCCGCUGCUGGUGGUGUCUUACUGCUACAUGAGGAUAUGGGUGCUGGUGAUUCAAGUGAAACAUCGGGUUAAACCGGAACAAAGGACCAAACUGAAACCGAGUGAUGUGCGGAACUUCCUGACUAUGUUUAUGGUGUUUGUGUUGUUCGCAGUAUGCUGGGCUCCACUAAACCUCAUAGGCCUGGCCGUAGCUAUAAACCCUGUGAAGGUUGCACCCAACAUCCCCGAGUGGCUCUUCGUCACAAGCUAUUUUAUGGCGUAUUUCAACAGCUGCCUCAACGCCAUCAUAUAUGGGCUUCUAAACCAAAACUUCCGCAAAGAGUACAAGACGAUCCUCCUCGCUCUUUGCGUCCCGCGUUUGCUCCUCAUGGAGACAUCCAGGUGUGCCACAGAGGGACUGAAGAGUAAGCCCUCGCCGGCUGCAACAAACAACAAUGUAGCAGAGAUAAAUGUAUAA